AUGAGUUUGUUAUUCGCUAAAAGACAGUUGACACAAUUUGCACGGUUCAAGUUAAAUGAAGCUAGUGUUUCAUGUAAAUAUGCUGUCACCCACAAGUAUAGUUAUACCACCACUAGUUCCAUUGUCAAUGAAAAAAGGAAACAGAUUUUAAUGGGAGGCGGGAAGGAAAAGCAAGAUGCUCAGCAUGCUAAAGGAAAGCUGACAGCAAGAGAGAGGCUAAAUUUGCUACUGGAUAAAGGCUCUUUUCGCGAAUACGACGCUUUUGUUGAGCAUUCAUGUACAGAUUUCAACAUGGAUUCCAACAGGAUAUUAGGGGAUGGUGUUGUAACAGGACAUGGCACGAUUCAUGGACGUCGUGUGUUUGUUUAUAGUCAAGACUUUACUGUUCUCGGGGGUAGUUUAUCACGUACAAAUGCCAACAAAAUUUUGAAAGUAAUGGAUCAAGCAUUGUUGGUUGGAGCCCCUAUUAUUGGCUUAGAAGACUCGGGUGGGGCAAGAAUUCAAGAGGGUGUAGACUCAUUAGCUGGCUAUGCUGAUAUAUUCCAAAAAAAUGUGAUUGCCUCAGGUGUUGUACCUCAGAUAUCCUUGAUUAUGGGUCCUUGUGCAGGUGGCGCUGUGUAUUCACCUGCAUUAACGGAUUUCACGUUUAUGGUUCAGGAUACGUCGUACAUGUUUGUCACAGGUCCUGAUGUUGUGAAGGCAGUAACAAAUGAAAAGGUGACUCAAGAAGAAUUGGGCGGGGCCAGAACACAUACCAGAAAAAGUGGCGUAGCCCAUAACUCUUUUUCCAAUGAUAUUGAAGCAUUACAAGGCGUAAGAGAUUUCUUUCCUUAUUUGCCUCUUUCAAACCGUGACGUCGUUCCACAUCAAUUAUGCCAUGACCCGGUUGAUCGUCAGGAUGAGGCGUUGGAUACGAUUAUACCUUCCAGCUCUAAUAUUGCGUAUAAUAUGAAGGAAGUUAUUGGAAGAAUUGUGGAUACUCACUCGUUUUACGAAAUUGCGCCAAAAUUCGCAAAAAACAUACUGAUCGGAUUCGCAAGAUUGAAUGGUCAGUCCGUGGGUAUUGUAGCGAAUCAGCCAUUAGUUUCGUCAGGUGCUUUGGAUAUGGAUGCAUCUGUGAAAGCUGCCAGAUUUAUUCGUUUCUGUGAUGCGUUUAAUAUACCUCUUUUAACACUAGUUGACGUACCUGGUUUUAUGCCUGGUACUGCACAAGAACAUGCUGGUAUUAUCCGACACGGAGCAAAGUUAUUGUAUGCCUAUUGUGAGGCGACUGUACCGAAAUUAACCGUCAUUACCCGCAAAGCAUAUGGUGGUGCCUAUAUUGUCAUGAGUUCAAAACAUUUACGUGGCGAUUACAAUGUUGCAUGGCCUUCUGCUGAAAUUGCCGUAAUGGGAGCUGCAGGUGCUGUAGAAAUUAUCUUUAGAAACCAUCCAGAUAAACCCGCCAUGAGAAAAGAAUACAAAGAGAAAUUUGCCACACCUCUGUUUGCUGCCAAAAGAGGGUAUUUAGACGAUAUUAUUUCUCCAAAAGAGACGCGCGCCAGACUAAUUGAACAGUUGGAUCUUUUAAAAAGCAAAGCGCUGAAAAACCCUUGGAAAAAACAUGGCUGCAUCCCACUAUAA